GUGGCUGGGAAUCCUUUCCAGUCCCGCUGCCGCAGCCAUUCGCACUAGAUCGUCCGCUAUGCCCGCAGCACCACCGUUCUCCAUCCCGCAGAUCCCCGCGCCAAAGCCGGCGCCGCAACAAAAAGAGCCAGUCGCGUCGUCCACCAGGCGAGGAUGAGCAUGGUCCUCCUGUGGGUUCGUCCCGCCGGAUGGAGUGUGCUGGACCAUCUGAACCGUCCAGCCAGCAAGACCAAGGCACCCCUGUCAUCACAUACAAAAGGAAGGCCCUGGGAACUCGUCCCUCUCCCAGUUGCCAAAAGGACGGAGGUGGUGCGUUCAGGAAGGCGGCUCUGCGGGAGAUAAGCGAAGGAUCGGACGAGGAAACAGAGGACGAUUCUAGGGUAUGUGUUGAUCGACAUCCACAAGGUAAUCAUGCCGUCGAGGAUGACGAAUGUGGUGUCGAAGAGGACGAUGUCGAAGAGGAGAACAGCGAGAGGGAGAGAGAGAGAGAGGAUCGUGAGGAAACUAUGCACGACUGCGAGGGUGGGGAGUCUCAACAAUACUAUGAGGAGGACGACGGGGGCGAUGGAGAAAAUGAUCAUGCCUAUCCUGUACGUGAUGACGAUGGACGCCAAGAGCGGUCGGCUGAUGUGGGGGUCGACGACGCAACAGGAGAUCGGUCGGAGGCCAGUGUCCAGAAAAGGAAGCGACAAUCUUCAACAAGUCCAACGGCGGCGGCGGAUAAGCGCGCUGCGAAGAAACUCACUAUGGUGGAUGAGGGUGACUCUGGAGAGGAUGCCGAAGGGGUUCCUCCAAGAGAUGUGUCGGAACAGACACAACCUUCCGCCGACACCCGUGAUGAAGCCAUCGACACAACACGGUGCUUCUUCUUGGAGUUCGAUGAAGAUGGGUUUGCAAAGAAGAAAAGGGAACACAUUGAAGUGGAUGUCACGAAGAUCUUGCCAAUCCCUGAAGGUGACAUCCUCUUCAACCAUAGAACGUUGGACAAAACGUUGGUGCAGUCCAUAUAUGAUGCGAUCCAUCAUGCGGCCAAGGAAACCAACGGGAAGUGGGAUUUCAUGACUUUCAUCCUGGCUCCCAUUGUGCCCAACACGGACGGGUCUCAAGGCAGACGGAUCACACCGGAGCAAUUCGACGUCGAACUGGCUCAUACAUACAACUGGUAUGCUGUCGCUGGCCAGCACACGGCUGAGGCAAUGAACAGACUCAUUAAAGACAAGUCACCGACCGAGAAAGUGUAUGGCUUGAGGUCAUACUCUCACGUACGUGUUGUCUACUUUGACGAUGACAGAAAGAGAGGAUAUCCGUACGUCUCGACGUUCGACAACACGAGGGAGGAGCGCUCGAUCCCGAGAUCCUUUUCGUCGUCCGUGCGCCAAAUCAGAACAUUUUGGGAUAAGAGGAAUGGCCGGAUCCGUCCGCCAGGGACCGUGUCCCCGAAUGACGUCGAGGGGAUGAAACGGAAAAAGAAAUGGGAAGAGUUCAUGAACGCCGUCUGCAAAAUGACACCUGAUUCCGGUCUCAUGAACUCGUCCCUGGAGAACGACUACAAAAACGGCCUGACGGACGAGAAAUGGACCGAGGAACGCGACCGCACCCAAGGCAUGUACAAGGAAACCCCGUUCCACCUCAAGUGUUUCAUCUACGAGGCAAUCGACUGCUUGGACGACCUGAGAGCGGAGGUUAAUCGGAUAUCCUCCAGUGCUUGUCACAUAUUUUGGGAAGUGGGGAAGAGGAUUACCACGAUCUUGCCAUUUGAAGCAGAACCGAAGGGAGUGCUCACCGACAACGAGGAGGUUGUUGGUACGGCGAGGGGGAUGAAGAUGCGGGCAACCAUUCUUGAUAUGUCAACAUCACCGAAAUGUGUUCCGUGGGAUGAUGACGCCUUUUCCAAACUGUACGCUUUCCUCAUGACAUGCUGUGGUGAAAACUGGGCCUUGAUCAUUUUCGCGCUGACGAAACACCAGAAACAUGUGAUGCAGAGUGUGUACAACUGGGAUGAUGUUGAGGUGCUCACAGAGUCAUGGUACAAACACUAUACACCUUCGACAACCUUGAACAAGUACGGCAACAUUGCAGUUCGGUACACUGGCAUGAUGGCUAUUGUCCUCCACACCAAGAACAACAAUUUUGACAAUAUAACGGUUGCGCCGAAAUUGCGAGCCGAGUUGACAAAUUUGAACGUUGAAGAGGGUGAAUUUGUGAGGUGCUCAGGGUCGUGUAUCGGCGUGGAGGGCGACACCGACGCAGUUUAUUCUUGGAUGGAACGAGAGUCAGCACGUCUCCGAAAACUGUGCAGCUCGUUCAUCAGGGAGGACGAUGGCGUGAUGCUGUUGGGCAGGGCGCAUGCGGGACUGAUUUGGGAACUUGCUCGCGCCGAACACCACGUGUUUGCGUGUAUCGACACGACAAAAAAACUCACAUACCUUUCCAAGUUUUUUGAGGACUAUGCGGACUUGGCACGUAAAGCCGGGAACUUCAACAACAUCGAUUGUGACGAAGACACGUCAGACUCCGACCUGGACGUUCUGUCGCACGCGACACGACGUUCGGCGCAGGGAGCACGUGCAGAGAAACCGCAAGGGAGCACCAACGCAGAAGCGGAGAAGGCGAGGUCAAGUUUGGGAGCGACACAUGCAAGUGAGGGAGACGUGGAACAUAGAAUGAAUGCAAGGGGAGAAAAGAAUGGUGUACCAACGAACCCGGUGGGUGCGAGUGAGGGAAUUGUUAACUCAUGGGGCAACACAGGGGGAGGAAAGAAUGGGUGURAAAUGACCCCGCCGAUAGCUGGACCAUCAUCGACCCAUGCACCGCAGGCCGAGCAGCGAACGCUUACGUCGAUGGACACAGAUGAAGAUGAAAACAUGGAUAUGACAGCAGUCAUGCCGAAGCUCGUGCCAAGAAAACCGUUACCUCAAGGCUUUGCUCAAGACCCUUCAGUGCCAUACUCGCUGCAAGACAAGUACAAGGAGUCAUCGGAGGAGGACUGGGGUCAUCAUAUUCUCUGGCAUGAGGGUGUGUUCGAACCGUGCGUGUUUGCGGGCAAGUGGCAAAUGGCUGUGAAGACAAGAGACCGCGGGUGGGUCGCGAAGGAAAGAAAGGACGCUGCGAUAUGGCACAGCGUGACGGAGACGCAACUUUUUCGGCGGGUUGCACAAGAAAAUGUCGGUGCAACCGAGGUGGCUGUAGCGGCAAAGGCGAAAGCUUCAUUUGAGCAACUGCUGGCGGCGAGGCAAGGCGUAUCUGAAAUGAUGGAGACCGAUGCGGGCCAGGAUGCUGAAAGCCAGACCGUGAAGGUGGCGCCAGAGCAGGUGGCGGCAACAACAGAGGAGACGAAGAAAGGUGAGGGAUCUCGCAAACACAUUUCCGUAAUAGAUAUGAGAUCGGAGAGUACGGGCGAGGAUAUGAUCCAAGAUAACGACCAGAAAGAUGACCACGCUGCACCACGAGUGGAAGGUGACGACGAAGAGGACGCGCAACGACCGAGACGGUCAACGAGAGCAGUAAUUAAGAAAACUGUGUUUGAUGCGUAGAAAAGCCUUAGACGGGCAUGGGCGUUUACACG